CUCCAUCUUUCUAGCCGGAUGUACGGUGUAUAUCUAACCGGAGACACGGAGGGGCCUGGGGUGCUAGGAGUAGGCAGAAGUGAGCUGUGACAGGCCCUGUGCCCAGCCCUCUCUGUACCUUUCUUCCCACGGUACAGAUAAGGAAGUGAGCUCAGAGCAGCUAGCUGGAUUACCCAAGGCCACACAGCUAGCAAGUGGCAGAGGCAGGAUCUGAACUCAGGAGCUGCGUGGAGAUGCUGCUGUGGCUGCUGCUGCUGCUGCCGCUGUUCCUGCUCCUCCCGCUAUUCCUGCUGCUGCUGCUGCCUCCAUUGGCCAUGCUAGGACAGAGGUCCCAGAAUGCUAGCCUGUCCUGGCUUGCCAGCCUCCAGCACUGUGUAGCAUGGAGAGUCCUGUGCUGGGCAGCCACCUGGCAGCAGCAGAGACUGGAACAAAACACACGGCAUGUGGGUCAGAGCCAGCAGCAGGCCCUGAUGCAGUGUCUGCAGAGAGCCCAGGGUCCCCUCUAUCCCCCCAGGGGGAGCACAGAUAUGCGCAUCUUCCGGAAUCAUCUCCCUUUGAUCAAGGUCAGCCAGGCUCAAGAGGAAGAAAAUGGGGGGCAGGAGCCCCCCAUUUCAAACCACUACCAUGGGGAGGCCUCUCUACAGGCCACCUUGCUGGGUCUGGUAGGCCUAAACAAGGCCUACCCAGAAGUGCUGGCUCCAGGAAGCACUGCCCGUGUGACCCCUACGUCCCCAUGGCCCAGCCCCCUCCCCUGGCCUGGGCAUGUCCUGGGCCAAGUGAGCCCCCCUGAAACCAAGGACCCUGGGGCCCUACUGCUGGAAGCACUGAGGUCCCCAGGGCUGAGGGCCCUGGAGGCCGGAACGGCAGUCGAGCUCCUGGACGUCUUCUUGGCCCUGGAGGCUGAUGGUGAAGAGCUGGCUGAAGCAAUAGCUUCUGGGACCUCAGGAGCGCCUCUCCCUAGACGGGCAGCUGAGCUACACGAGGCCUUAGAGCAGGGGCCCCGAGGACUGGCCCUUCGGCUCUGGCCAAAGUUGCAGGUGGUGGUGACUCUGGACGCAGGAGGCCAGGCUGAGGCCGUGGCUGCCCUCGGGGCCUUGUGGUGCCAAGGGCUAGCCUUCUUCUCUCCUGCUUACGCUGCUUCUGGAGGGGUGGUGGGCCUAAACCUAUGGCCAGAGAAGCCCCGGGGGCUCUACCUGCUUCCCCCUGGAGCCCCUUUUAUUGAGCUGCUCCCAGUCGAGGAAGGAGCCCAAGAGGAGGCCACCUCCACCUUCCUUCUGACUGAGGCCCAAAGGGACAAGGAGUAUGAGCUCGUGCUGACUGACCACAUCAGACUUGCAAGGUGUCGCCUGGGUGAUGUGGUACAAGUGGUUGGUGCCUAUAAUCAGUGUCCGAUCGUCAGGUUCAUCUACAGGCUGGGCCAGGCCCUGAGUGUUCGAGGAGAAGUUACUGGAGAGAAAGUAUUCUCUAAGGCUCUGGGCAAGGCAGUGGGCCAGUGGCCAGGGGCCAAGCUGUUGGACUAUGUCUGUGUGGAAAGCAGCAUUCUGGAUUCCUCUGAGGGCUCUGCUCCACACUAUGAGGUGUUUGUGGAGCUGAGGGGGCUAAGGAAUCUGUCGGAGGAGAGUCGAGACAAGCUCGACCACUGUCUUCAGGAAGCCUCCCCUCACUACAAGUCCCUGCGGUUCCGGGGCAGUGUGGGCCCUGCCAGAGUCCACCUGGUGGGGCAGGGGGCCUUCAGAGCACUCCGGACAACGCUGGCUGCCUGCCCCUCAUCCUCCUUCCCUCCUGAGAUGCCCCGGGUCCUUAGGCACAGGCACCUGGCCCAGUUCCUGCGGAGGAAGGUGGUCUCCUAGCCGAGGCGCAUCUAUACCGCCUGGCUCACCUUGGAGGUUGCCUUGCUCUUUCCUCUGGGGUCUCCCUGCAUGGGGAGUCUUUGGCCAGAGACCGUCACUGGACAUCAGCUCAUCAGAGCUGCUGCGCCUUAGAAAGAUGGCCUAGUUGGCCAGUUCUGAAGUGAGGGGUACAGCAGAGACUCCCACCCAUAACUUGGGCCCACCCUGGAGGACACUUCUGGAGAGUUCCCACACACCUCAGUGCUUCCUGUGUCUUGGCUUGAUGGUGCUCUCUGGCUGCAGUCCUGGGCCUGACUAAUACACUGGGUGCUGAAGGUACGGGGGAUGAGGUCGUGGCCCCAGGAGUGACAGGAGUUGGUGAAUAAAGACCUCAGCACCAUUGUCCCUAAGUGGGACAAUUUUGAUCUCUUGGGGUUCGCCUUCCAGGUGGUGCCCCUGUCGUUCACAGCAAUAACCCAUACACUGAAGUCUGCUACCAGUUCUUCUUCCUCCCCUUCCUUCCCUACUCCCUCAUUGUGCUUCCUGGAUUUUCUCCCAAAUAAACCUUUUGCACCCAGAUUCUA